CAAUCACUUUAUAAACGAUUGGAGAUCUUCAUUCUAUGUCAUUCAACCAUCGUCCUCUGACAGAUACAGAAAUGUGUGGUGCACUGAAAAUAUCAGUUUGCUUUGCUCUAGUCUUUGGGACGAUAGUGUCUGCAAAUGAGAGAGUCAAAAGAUCAGGUUUGAUAGAUUUGGGAACGUCUGUCUUGCUGCCAUGGGAAUCAUCUAACAAUGGAGGACUUAAUAAGGCUUUUAACACAAUACUAGGCUCUGAGAUUUUGAGAGGAAGAAAUAUCGAUAAUCAGAAUGAAAGAAAUGAAAUCUUACAGAGACAAAGAGAAUUGGGCAUGCGUUCCAACGCAUAUAACAGCAUAAAUCAAAACCAAGCUCAAGGUGCUGUUGAUUCAUAUCUCAUUCGAGAUACACUAAGGCAAUACAUUACUGAUAGAAACGUUCGAGGAGGAUUACAACAACAAAGAGGUUACUCAGGUCUAGAUGCUCAGAGUUUACUCGAUUCCAAUCCAUCAAUAGAUGAACAAGCUUGGACUGGUAGGAUCCAAAACUUAGUCCAGACAAGGAACCAAAUAGGAAACAAUCAGUUAACUCAACAAAAUUCAGAACUUGUUGACGGCCAAUCAAAUACACAACCUGAUGUCCUCUCCUUGAGAGGCCAACUCAACAGAAACAGAAAAGGACUCAUAGGUUCUAACAGGUUGAACAGAUACAGACAAGGCUUAGGAGUAGAACUUUCUGGAGCAAAUGUACAACAACAAAAUUCUUUGGGAUCUUCACUACCACAAGUAGGUGAAAUUUUAAGGAACCAAGGACAAGCUAGAGAAGUUAAACAGUAUUUGGUUAGAGAAAAUCCUGAAGAGACAGAACAAGUAGAUAUUCAACAGGACAAUCAGGAUACAACUCAGGAAGUUAAUUAUAGAGAUAAUUCAGUCCAGUCGUUAAGACCAAUAGACAAUCAGCAGUUGAACAGACCUGUUACACAAGAAAUAAUUUCUGGUGACAACUAUGGACAGUAUCCCCUCAAUGCUGCAUGGAGAUCACAGCAACAACCUGCCGAAUUUGGUGAUUCAGGGCUCGGAACCAACUCAGAAUUAGUUCAGCUUCAAAACCAAGAAGAUCCAAACCAACAAGUCCGAAAUUCUUACACUUACGGUGAACUAAGUGCCAAAAUCUGGAAUGUGAUCAAAUCAAACCCAUCCAUGAUUUCCAACCUUGGAAAUUUGAGGGAACAACUUUUGAAUGGAAACAAUUCAGGAAAUGAACAGAUGGGCCAACUUAAAUCUUUACUGCAAGAAGCCCGUAACAGAAAUGUUUUCAUUCCGAGGAAUAACGUAGAACAAUCACUUGGAGAACAAGAACGCAAUGCGUUUGUAAGAAAUCUCAUUGAUGCCGUAAGCAAGAACAACGGUCUCUCAAUUCGUUCAAACCCUAGGGCUCAAAAUGUAUAUAGGGGAAGGAAGGCUUGAAAAUCAUUGUUGUGUCUUGUAUUUGGAUAAUCAGAAUCUUGAAUGCAAUGUAUUCGACAAAAAUGUUUCUUUCUGUUAUUAUUUGCAAUUAUUGUAAUUUGUUUAUGUUU